AUGGCGCGUUUUGGAGACGAGCUACCCAACAGGUACGGAGGAGGAGGAGCUGGAGGAGGAGGAGGUGGUGGUGGCAGUGGUGGCGGGGGUGCCGGUGGACAAGGGGGGCCCGGCCGCGGCGGCAGCAGGCAAGGAGGCCCCGCCGGGGCGCAGCGGAUGUACAAGCAGUCGAUGGCCCAGAGAGCCCGGACCAUGGCCCUGUACAACCCCAUACCCGUCCGGCAGAGCUGCCUAACCGUCAACCGCUCCCUCUUCCUCUUCAGCGAGGACAACGUGGUGAGGAAAUACGCCAAAAAGAUCACCGAAUGGCCUCCGUUUGAGUGGAUGAUCCUCACCACCAUUAUUGCAAACUGCAUCGUUCUGGCUCUGGAACAGCACCUUCCUGGUGGAGACAAGACGCCUCUGUCUGAACGACUGGAGGAGACAGAGCCAUACUUCAUAGCCAUUUUCUGCUUUGAGUCGGGGAUAAAGAUCCUGGCUCUGGGUUUCGCCUUACAUAAGGGCUCCUACCUGAGGAACGGCUGGAAUGUCAUGGACUUUGUGGUUGUGCUCACCGGUAUCUUGUCAUCGGUGGGGACUCAGUUUGACCUGAGGACGCUGCGAGCUGUCAGAGUGCUACGACCCCUGAAACUGGUGUCUGGGAUUCCCAGCCUGCAGGUGGUGCUAAAGUCUAUUAUGAAGGCUAUGAUCCCCCUGCUGCAGAUUGGCCUGUUGCUGUUUGUGGCCAUCCUCAUGUUUGCCAUCAUUGGCUUAGAGUUCUACAUCGGAAAGUUCCACACAACCUGCUACGAUGAAAUCACAAAAGACAUUGUGGUUCCAGAACCCUGCGGGACACAGUUGCCAUCCCGAUUGUGUCCAAACGGCUCCACGUGUGAAGGUGGCUGGAUUGGUCCAAACUAUGGCAUCACCAAGUUUGACAACAUCUUGUUCGCCAUCCUCACUGUCUUCCAGUGCAUCACCAUGGAGGGAUGGACAGACAUGCUCUACGACAGUAAUGAUGUGGAGGGCAGUGCCUGGAACUGGCUGUACUACAUCCCCCUCAUCAUCAUCGGCUCCUUCUUCAUGCUUAACCUGGUGCUCGGUGUACUCUCAGGUGAAUUUGCCAAAGAGAGAGAGCGGGUGGAGAACAGGAGCGAGUUCCUCAAACUGAGGCGACAGCAGCAGAUAGAACGGGAGCUCAAUGGAUACCUGGAGUGGAUCUGCAAAGCAGAGGAGGUGAUUCUGGCUGAAGAAGAUGCCACGGGAAACUUUGAUGUUUCGAGACGCAGGCCAACCAUGAAAACCAAAAAUAACAAGACAGAACUGCUGAACACUGAGGAAGGAGAAGACAACAUGGGUGAUGCAGUUGGUUUUGCUCGUUCCAGCAUAAAGAGCGGUAAGGAAGGUUCCACUUACAGUAAGAAGGAGCGGCGCCUGCGAUUCUUCAUCCGUAAGAUAGUGAAGACUCAGGCAUUCUAUUGGACGGUGCUCUGUCUGGUGGGCCUGAACACCAUAUGUGUGGCUGUGGUUCAUUACGACCAGCCGGAGCUGCUCUCCGACUUCCUCUUCUAUGCAGAGUUUAUCUUCUUGGGUUUGUUCAUGUCUGAGAUGCUGAUCAAGAUGUACGGUCUGGGCAUCCAGCCCUACUUCCACUCUUCAUUCAACUGCUUCGACUGCAUUGUAAUUGUGGGAAGUAUCUUUGAGGUAGUGUGGGCCACCAUCAAACCCGGCACGUCUUUUGGGAUCAGCGUCCUACGAGCUCUGCGGCUGCUCCGCAUCUUCAAAGUCACCAAGUACUGGGCUCCUCUGCGCAACCUGGUGGUUUCUCUUCUGAACUCCAUGAAGUCCAUUGUCAGUUUGUUGUUCCUCCUCUUCCUCUUCAUUGUUGUCUUUGCCCUCUUGGGCAUGCAGCUGUUUGGAGGACAGUUCAACUUUGAAAUGGGAACUCCACCCACUAACUUUGACACUUUUGCAGCAGCAAUCAUGACGGUGUUUCAGAUCCUGACUGGGGAGGACUGGAACAUGGUGAUGUACGAUGGCAUCAGGUCCCAGGGAGGCGUAAAUGACAAAGGGAUGGUCUUCUCCAUCUUCUUCAUCGUCCUCACCCUGUUUGGCAACUACACGCUGCUCAACGUCUUUUUGGCCAUUGCUGUUGACAACCUAGCGAAUGCUCAGGAACUCACCAAGGACGAGGAGGAACAAGAAGAAGCGGCUAAUCAGAAGACGGCACUGCAGAAGGCUAAGGAGGUAGCAGAGGUCAGCCCGCUGUCAGCGGCUAACCUGUCUAUUGCAGCCAGUAAGGAGCAGCAGAAGAACCACACUAAAGGCAACAAGUCCGUGUGGGAGCAGAGAACCAGUGAAAUACGCCGGCAGAACCUGAUGACGAGUCGUGAGGCGCUCUACAACGAGCUGGAACAGGAUGAAUGGAAGGUGGGAGGGGAGGGGGAAGAGGUGUCCUACCCAAGGAAAGGACGUGGUGACAUGAAGACUCAUUUGGACCGUCCUCUGAUGGUCAACCCACAAGACAACCGCAACAACAACACCAACAAAACCCAGCCUGGAGAGAUGCCUCUGGACCAGGAGUAUCAACGCCAGGACAUCAACCACAACCACCAUGCCAAACACCAAUACUGCUACUCCCAGCACCACCACCGCCACCAUCACCACCAGAAAGUCAGUAGGCCAGACAGCGGAGAGAGUGGCCAGCUGGCAGAGACCCAUAUGGAGCAUGGACUGAGCUGCACAUCCGUGGGCAUCAUGGAAGGUAAUGUGGAGGUCCAGCAGGGGGAGGGGAGGCAUGGCCACAGGAGUCAUCAGGGACACCGGCACAGAUCCAACCGGGAAAGCAGGGGCACAUGCAGUGUGUCUCCCCAUAACAGCCAGGGUCGAGAUGGGAAUGAGCACAGGAUAUUGAGGCAGCAUCACAAGACAACCAGUGAAGGAGAGGAGGGGAGGAAACAUCAAUCCAAGGGAUCAGAGGGAGAGGUGGACAAAAGUGAGGAAAGGGAAGGACGGAAGUCAAGACGACAUCGCCACUGCAACCAGGAGAGGAGAAGAGGCCAUUGUUCCAGAAGGGAGCACCACAGUAGUGGUCCCAGCCUUUCCACCACACGACCUAUACAGCAGUACAACGAGGACCUGGACAACUUCCGUAACAACAGCAAGCUAGCCGGUGCCCAUGAACAUCCUUACAGUCUCCCGCCAGACCACCCUGACAACAUCAACAACCUGCUGAACUGCCACAGUGCAGACACCCACACUUUACUUCACAGCAUGGACAGCCUGAUCCUGACCAGCGUGGUCCAACCAGAAUACACCACCAUCGACAUGCCCCCGGUCUACCCCUACCCCUCCACCAACGCCAUCCUGCAAGUUAACAAGAACGCCAACACUGACCAGAAGAAAAGUGAGGAGAAGAAGGAGGAGGAGGACGAGGGAGGAGAUGAAGAUGGCACCAAACACAUGCCGCCCUACAGCUCCUGUUUCAUAAUGUCCACCACCAAUCCAUUCCGAAGGUGCUGCCACUAUAUCCUGACCCUGAAGUAUUUUGAGUUCAGCAUCCUGUCAGUCAUUGCUAUGAGCAGCAUUGCCCUCGCUGCUGAGGACCCCGUCUGGCCUGAGUCACCGCGGAACAAUGUGCUGCGUUAUUUUGACUACGUUUUCACGGGUGUCUUCACGUUUGAAAUGCUAAUCAAGAUGGUGGUGCUGGGCUUGUUUCUCCACCAGGGCUCCUACUUCCGUGACUUGUGGAACAUUCUGGACUUUAUAGUGGUUAGUGGUGCUCUGGUGGCCUUCGCCUUCAUGAGCAUCAACCGGGGGACCGGUAAGGGCAAAGACAUCAGCACCAUCAAGUCUCUGCGUGUGCUGAGGGUGCUCCGCCCUCUAAAGACCAUUAAACGUCUCCCAAAGCUAAAGGCCGUGUUUGACUGUGUGGUCAACUCGCUCAAGAACGUCUUAAACAUCUUGAUUGUCUACAUGCUCUUCAUGUUCAUCUUUGCUGUUGUGGCCGUGCAGCUUUUCAAAGGCCGCUUCUUCUUCUGUUCAGAUGAAUCCAAAGAGUUCAAGCGCGACUGCAGGGGCGAGUACUUGGUGUACGACCAAGAUGGGGUUAAAGCUCAGAGGCGGGAGUGGAAGAAGUACGAUUUCCACUACGACAACGUGGCUUGGGCCCUGCUCACCCUCUUCACUGUCUCGACUGGAGAGGGGUGGCCGGUGGUGUUAAAACACUCAGUGGACUCCACAUAUGAGAAUCAGGGCCCAAGCCCCGGUUACAGGAUGGAAAUGUCCAUCUUUUACGUGGUGUACUUCAUUGUCUUCCCCUUCUUCUUCGUCAACAUCUUUGUGGCUCUAAUCAUCAUCACCUUCCAGGAGCAAGGAGACAAGAUGAUGGAGGACUACAGCUUAGAAAAGAAUGAGAGAGCCUGUAUAGAUUUUGCCAUCAAUGCCAAGCCUCUGACUCGCCACAUGCCAAAGAACAAACUCAGCUUCCAGUAUCGAAUGUGGCAGUUUGUGGUGUCGCCGCCCUUUGAGUACAGCAUCAUGGCUCUGAUCGCGCUCAACACCAUUGUCCUCAUGAUGAAGUUUGACGGCGCUCCAAAACAUUACGAUGAAGUCCUGAAGAACCUCAACAUUGUGUUCACCACCUUCUUCUUCAUGGAAUCAGUCCUUAAGAUCAUCGCUUUUAGUCCUCUGAAUUACUUCAAAGACGCCUGGAACACUUUUGAUUUUGUCUCAGUUGUUGGAAGUAUCACAGACAUUUUAGUGACAGACCUGGCGCAAAACAAACUUAUCAACCUGAGUUUUCUCAGGCUGUUCAGGGCAGCUCGCCUCAUCAAGCUCCUGAGGCAGGGAGAGACCAUCCGGAUCCUCCUGUGGACCUUCGUCCAGUCCUUCAAGGCUCUUCCGUACGUGUGUUUGCUCAUCGCCAUGCUCUUCUUCAUCUACGCCAUCAUCGGCAUGCAGUUGUUCGGGAACCUGGCUUUUGAUGAGUCUGGAGAGAGUGCCAUCAAUGAGCACAAUAACUUCAGAACGUUCAUCAUGGCCCUGAUGCUGCUGUUCAGGAGUGCUACAGGGGAGGCGUGGCAUGACAUCAUGUUGGCCUGUCUGGGAGGUCAACGAUGUGACCAGGCAUCAGGGAACACGGAACCAGAGUGUGGCAGCACAUUUGCCUACACCUACUUCGUCUCCUUCAUCUUCCUCUGCUCGUUCCUGAUGCUGAAUCUGUUUGUUGCCGUCAUCAUGGACAACUUUGAGUACCUGACGAGAGACUCUUCUAUCCUGGGGCCGCAUCACCUGGACGAGUAUGUAAGGAUCUGGGCCGAGUACGACCCGGCUGCCUGCGGCCGGAUCAGUUACACAGACAUGUAUCAGAUGCUAAGACACAUGUGUCCGCCGCUAGGCCUCGGGAAGAGGUGUCCCGCCCGGGUCGCCUAUAAGAGGCUGCUGCGCGGCAUGGAUUUGCCAGUUGCAGACGACAACAACUGGCAUUUUAACUCCACCCUCAUGGCGCUGAUCCGGACAGCGCUGGACAUAAAGAUCGCCAAGGGCGGCGCAGACAAGCAUCAGAUGGAUGCCGAGCUGAGAAAGGAGAUGAUGGCCAUUUGGCCAAACUUGUCGCAGAAGACUCUGGACCUGCUGGUCACGCCGCACAAGGCCACAGACUUGACGGUGGGCAAAAUCUAUGCCGCCAUGAUGAUCAUGGAAUACUACCGGCAGAGCAAGAUGAAAAAGCUGCAAGCCCUUCGAGAGGAACAGCGCAUGGAGGCGCCCUCUGAGGCGAGGGGGCACGGAUGGCCAGGGGGGGCAGGGCAUCAGCGGGCCCCCAGCACCCAGCCGGACAAUGUCAACAGCAUACCUCCAGAGGGCAGCAUGACGGAGAGUCAAUCAUGGGUGACAUCAAAAGCGCAAGAAAUGUUCCAAAAGACGGGUAACUGGAGCCCCGACAGACCCUACCCCGAUGAUCUCUAUGACAACCGACACAACCCUCAGACGGUAGAGAUGAGAGAGAUGGGGCGGGACAGGUACUCCGACACUGAGCCCUAUCACCCAAUGGAUGGGCAUGGGCGGACCCUCUCCAUGCCCCGCCUCUCGGCAGACAACCAAAGAACCCACGGUGUUUCGCGGAGAAGACACAGACCGCGAGGAAAUAACCUCAGUACCAUCACAGACACCAGCCCAAUGCGUCGCUCGACUUCGAGCUUGGUUCACGGGCGGACAGGUCGUGGUGUGAGGUUAGAUGACUACUCACUGGAAAGGGUGGUAUCUGAGGAGGGGAGGCACGGGGGAGGACGCAGGCACAGGGACAAGAGUCACCGCACCUCCCAGCGCUCCCUGACCAGAUACACUGAUGCAGACACGGGUCUGGGCACAGACCUCAGCACCACUACGCAGUCAGGUGACCUGCCACCCAAAGAGCGUGAGCGGGAUCGCGGCCGGACCAAGGAUCGUCGCCACCACCAUCACCACCACCACCACCAUGGCUCUGUGGACAAGGAGCGCUACGGCCACGACCGAGACCGCCACGACUACUCUCACAGACAUCCCCACGACCGCCACUGGUCUCGUUCACCUAGUGAGGGGCCCGAUGGGCGGGGCCACCGACAGGGCAGUAGCUCGGUGAGCGGCAGCCCGGUCCCCUCCACCUCGGGCACCAGCACUCCUCGGAGAGGCCGUCGCCAGCUUCCUCAGACCCCUGCUGUACCUCGGCCGCACAUCACCUACUCCCCCGCUGUUCGAAAGCCCAGCUACGGCCCCCCAGGGCCGGGCCACCUGCACUCGCCCUCUCCACGACACUUCUCCCCACCAGACCACGAGCGCGGUUUCCACCACCGACCCCCGUCACGCCAGUCCUCUCCGCAUCAUGGUGGCUCAUCAUCCAGGCAUGGUUCACCACGUUCGCCCAGGCACCAGUCCCCACGUUCCCCCAUUCACGGUUCGCCGAGGUCCCCACAUCGAGGCCGUUGGAGUGGGCCGCCACCAGGAGACAGCCUGGAAGGUGACGGACCUUUCUAUGAGCGUGACUACGAGUAUGAGCGGCACCAUGAGCCCCCUGCCUAUGAGCAAAGCAUCUCCCAUGGCAAUCCACACCCACAUGGGGUAAACCCUCACACACACCCGCGCUCCCCUAGGACUGCCCGCCACGGGCCCCCUCUGCCCCCUCACCCUCAUCCACGUAGGGUUCCCAAUGGCUACCGCUCCUCCUCACCUUCUCCACACCGACGGGUGCCACCUGGGCCACCUGCCCACCCACACCACCGGCCACCCCACGCACGAGGGUCCCACAAAGGACUGCACGAACCUUACAGUGAGACGGACGAGGAUGACUGGUGCUAGCGACCACAGGGAGCGAGGGAUAAGGGCAGGAGAGGAGAACAGCGACCGCCUGUGCUGCAACCUUGGAUAUGUACACUUUUAAAAAGCAGAGCGGGUGAAGGUGACACCCAAGGGUUUGAUACCCUUGAAACACUCGAUCUUCAACUCUUGGACUCUGAGAGGAUGGAGAGCAGAGGUGGAAGUGAUGGUGCUGCUGGCCUCUUACAUAUUUUGCUUUAGUGUUUAACACUAAAAUAUUUCUGUGAGUGAGCAGCACACAAAUGAAAACAACCAAGGCAAGUCCUGAGCCUCUCUGUCUCUGAACUACACCUCUCAGAAUUCUCUGCUUGACCAGCACAGCCAGGCCACAGGAGGAAGACGAGAAGGGCAGAGAGGUGUGGGAACAGAAGGCCAAAGAAGAGCAUGACCAGGGGCACUUGCAGAUUACGAGGCCUCAAAUCGGACUGAAAGCCUGAUACCGAGCCAGAACCUGGACCCCAGGGCAUGUCCCUGCUCCUCGAAACAAGAAGACAUUAAUUAAAAGUCCCCCUUAACCGUUCAUGCCAAGCUAUGCCUCCAGAGAAUCUAACUUGAACAUUAAAAGACAAAAAGAGACUUUACAUGAAAAACAGUGAAAAGAAAAAAAGGGAGAACAACCACUUAAACUUUUUUCAAGGGACAGAACCAGGAAGCUCCACCUAUACUGCAAAAACCAGCCAAUCACAGCACUGGCUGAUAUUUGAUGAGUUUUAUCAUCUCUGUUUACUGUUAAAGACUCACGUAAUGCUGACGCGGCUGGUGUGACUGCGUCCUGUGCGGCGGUAACGGUGAUGCCGUUGGGGUAACCGCAGCGGGAGUCGGACACUCUGGUUACCUGAAAGUGGUGCACGGCGAAGGAUAACGUGACAGGGGAUGACAUCACACAGCCGAACGGGGCGGAGGUGAGGAAAGGAGGGAUGGGGGAAAAAAAGACUAAUUUUGUCUAUUAAUUACUUCUCCUUCUUGUUCUUCUUUGGACAUUGGAACUUGGUUCUUCUGUUGCAUUCACUCAGCCUCCUUUGAUCUUUUUCGGAGUCCAAAA